CAUCUUUUUUUUUUACCGCAGGUUAGCAGGGCAAAUAGCAACCUGGUGUUUAAGAACAUUUCUUAAAUACACAAUUGUUUUAGCCCAUCCGCAUUAUCGGUUAUUAAGAAAUAACGUGCUAUUGGAAAAUUAGGUGGUAGAACAUUUCAGACAUCGUGCAUAUAUCAUCCAUAAAACAAUAGUUUAGUGUGAGCGUUCGACUUGUGGAGGUGGGUCAACAUGGGCCGCUCCAGGAGCCGCAGCUCGUCCCGCUCCAAACACUCCAAAAGCAGCAAGCACAGUAAAAAAAGAAGCCGGUCCCGGUCGCGAUCCAGAGACAAGGAGCGGGCCAAGAAGAGGUCCAAGUCCCGUGAAGCUAAGAGGAGCCGGCGCAGAGAAUCUCGAUCUCGUUCCCGGUCCACGACCGCUUCGACCCGCAGAGAAAGACCAGCCUCGCCGCCGGAGCGCAUCGACAUCUUCGGCAGGACGCUAAGCAAGAGGAACGCGCUAGACGAGAAGCAAAGGAAAGAAGAGGAAGAAAAGAAGGCUGAGAUGGAAAGACAAAGAAAGAUCCGCCAACAGGAGAUUGAGGAGAAGCUGAUCGAGGAGGAGACGGCGCGGCGCGUGGAGGAGAUGGUGGCCAAGCGGGUUGAGGAGGAGCUGGAGAAACGGAAGGACGAGAUUGAGCGGGAGGUGUUGCGGCGCGUGGAGGAGGCCAAGCGCAUCAUGGAGCGACAGCUUCUGGAGGAGCUGGAGAGGCAGAGACAGGCCGAGCUAGCCGCUCAGAAGGCCAGAGAGGAAGAAGAAAAAUCCAAGCGGGAGGAACUGGAGAAAAUCCUGGAGGAGAAUAACCGCAAGAUCGCCGACGCUCAGGCCAAGCUGGCUGAGGAGCAAUUGCGUAUCGUGGAGGAGCAGAGAAAGAUUCAUGAGGAGCGCAUGAAGCUGGAGCAGGACCGACAGCGGCAGCAGAAGGAGGAGCAGAAAAUCAUCCUGGGCAAGGGCAAGUCCAGGCCCAAGCUCUCCUUCUCCCUCAAGGCCACCGAAUGAGACUGCUCCCCUUUGGUCCCCUGCCCCACCCGACCCUGACCUGCCCUCAUCUCCAUCCAGCACUCCUCUCCCUCAUCUCUCUCUUCCUAUCCGGAACGCACGCUUCAUUUUGGAAGGCCAAGGAAAGGGGUAUCACGGGGCAGCAGAGUCCUCUGUCAACUCAUUUCUCCCAGUGGAGCCCCACGCUGGCCCCCUAUUCCUCCAUAGACCUUCCCUAGCCCCGGCCUUGGAGAAGAGCUUUGCUUUGCCCUCAAAAGGACCAGAUGACCCCCCCCCUCCCCCAACCCACAAGUUUUCCUUUACCCUCCCCCCAAACACAGAUGACUCCAGUUCUUGCUUCUUUUUUUUCUUCUUCUUUCAGUUUUAUUUUCAUUUUUAAGGAACUUGAACUUUGUUGUAGAAUGCUAUUACUUGACCCGUAUCCCCCACAUAGUUUUUAUCUUUGGUUCGAUGAGCAGCCCUUCACCCGCGAUCUCGUCACUUCUCUCCACAGCCAGCAAGCUUGUUAUGCCAAGUGUUCAUAAUAUGGACGAAUAUAUGAUGUACAACUGUGUCCAGUUCAGCAUUUUUGAAACCUCAUGUGUAGCUUGGGAGUUGGCCUGUGGUUUUCCUGUUGGGGCUCAAGUUUUUUUUUUUCUCUCUAUUACACACAAUAGCAGCUGACACCAGGGUAACAAAUCCCAGUUCUUACUUAAAAGCACACAGUCACCACCUGUCAUGCUGAUAUGUUUGUGUCUUCCACCUUCCUUCCUCUGCCCUGCCUUUGUCAUUUUUUUCCCCCCACCAAAUGACAUUUCAAUAUUUUCUGGUAUCCCCGGGUAUAAACUUGAACUUCAAGUUCAGUCAACAGUUAUGAGCAGAGCAGGUGAACCCAGGCCCAUGUCCCAAACUGCCCAUGACUGACCCUGCAAGCUGGCAGCCUAUAACAGGAAAUGUGUCUUGUCUGUGAUGAGGGGGCAUGUGGGUGAAUUUAAUGGAGGAGAGUGGACGUUUCCUGUAUGAUGUAAUGUUAUUAGCCUUGCUGUGAUAUUGCUGCCCCCCACCCUUUUCCAUCAAGACUGUGUUAAGAAAAGAAAUCACACUCGGAUAAGAAGAAAAAAAACAAACAAAAAAAACGUAACGGUAUAUUUGAACGUUGUUUUAUCGAAAUCUGGAAAAUGUCUACUGGGUGAAUUGUACACAUCACUUAAGUAUACAGUCCACGUACUGUCCCUUACAUGUGUAGUAAAUUAACUUAGCAGUCUGACUCGGUUGAUAACUUUUGGUUCGUAGAAGAUGGCCAAGUUCAGGUAAGAUGAGCUGUGCAUGUCCGAGGUCAGCUGUGUGUGUGUGUGUGUGUGUGUGUGUGUGUGUGUGUGUGUGUGAGAGAGAGAAUGAC